AUGGCGGCGUCCUGUUCUGUCCGUGCGGUCUUCAGACAGAGCGUGAGGAGGUGGAGGUGUGCACGAGGACAGGUGUGUGCUGACAGGUCAGUGAGGGUCCGUCCGCGGGGGGGGGGGGUCUGACAGAACCAGCUGAAGAGUCCGUGUGUGUGUGUGUGUGUGUGUGUGUGUGUGUGUGGAGGGGGGGGGGUCAGUAAAGGUCUGACAGGGUCCGGUACUGAGGUCACGUGACUGCCGGGAUUAAAAACUACAACCUGCCGCAGAUGGACUACAAAACAGCGAGCUGCUUCCGGUCUGUAGAGUUCAGAGGUCAGAGUCAGCAGGAAACAGCUGAUGGUUUAAUUUACGGUGUUUAUGAAGCAGCAGCUGUUAGUGACGUCAUCAUCACUUGGAACAGCUGUUUGUGUGUGCGCACGUGCUCUAGCAGACUCUCAGUGUUUGAGGUUAAAGUUGAACAAACAGAUGAACUCCUGUUUCUAAUUUUAACAGGUUUAAAGUUUCAGCUUCAUGAAUCUAAAUGUUGAUUUCAGAGUAAAAACAUGUGACCGGUCACAUGAUUGAUCCGGAACCCAUUUGAACCAAUCAGAGAGAAGCACCUCUCCAUUCACUCCAGCAGGAGGCAGCCUUAGACGCCGUCUGCCUCCUCUCUGUGAGAACAGCGCCCUCUGGUGACAGGCUGCAGUAUAGGUCAUAAACCCCGCCUCCUUAUGGAGCUGUGGACAAACUUUAUAAAUGAAUGACACAGAAUAUAAAUGUUUCUCCCCCCUGGUUGUGAUGUUGACAUGUAGUUACUGUCAGACUGGUUUGUGCUCAAGUCCUCUUUUUUCUGUACAGCUCCAUUUUUAAAAGUUAUUAGGGGGUUCAUGUUUUCUAUGAUUGACACCUGAUACAGCCUAUGGGAGGACAGAGAUUGAGUAGAUCACCGGGGGAUACGCUGUUUGAGCCGAGCGUCAUCACAGAGACUCUCCUGUUGAAUGUGAACAACGUUACUGAACAAAGUUGGUUUCAUGGAGAAAAAAACUCAGAAAUACUGAAAACUUUUCAGCUUCAGAUCUUUAAACUGGAGGAACUGAAGAGUCGAGAGUAAAAACAGUCUGUGGUUCAGCACAGAGGAACACAAACUCAGACAGAGAGAGGGAGAGCGCCCCCUGGUGACCCGCUGUCAGUGACUUCUGUCCUCUCUUCUGUCGUCUUCGUCUCAGAGAGCUGAGUCAGCGCUGUGUGACAUCACAGACCGUGGAGGGGAGACGCUCGGCAUGCUGGGUAAAAGUGACCGAACACGAGUCCUUCUGCAGAACCUUCCAGAACCAGCAGGGAGGAGGAGGAGGUGGAGGAGAAGGAAGAGGAGGGGGAGGAGGGGUGCUGUGGGCCGCAGUAGGUGUGUUAUCCUGAAAAUACACACACACACACACACACACACACACACACACACACACACACACACACACACACAAACAUGUCUUCACCAUACAAACCAAACUAUGGUGUGUAUUGUGCUUGUGUACCUGUGUGUGUGUACCUGUGUGUGUGUGUGUGUGUGUGUGUGUGUGUGUGUGUGUGCAGCCUUCUCUCUGUUCAGCAGCUCUGAUGAAGACCACAGAGAUGAAGCUCAGAAGAAGGAGGACGAGCUGAUCCUGCUGCUGAAGAAAGCUAAGGUACUUUACUGAAGUACUUCAGGGAGUGUUAGUCCUGUAGUAUUAGAAGUAUUACUGCAGUAUAGCGUGUACUCUCUCUCUGUCUUCAGCUCAGUGUGUAUCGGGGUCAGCUCCAGGCUGCCUCUGGGUUCCUCCAUCAGGCUGUAGUCCUCGCUCAUCAGACCCACAACAACCAGGCCAUCAUCUACACCUACAGCCAGGUACACACUCUGACCUCUGACCUCUGACCUCUGCUGCUGCUGCCAUGUCUGCCUCUUUAAAAGGAAGCUGCUGUGUGACCUUUGACCUGCUCUUGUGUCUCCUCAGAUGGCGAACCUGGCUUAUGUUCAGGGUCAGCUGGACAGUGUAAGUGUCGUCCAAUCACAGCUCAGCUUGUGUUUACUCUGUUAUUGAUCAUAUUCACAUGAAGAUCUGUGUCUGUCAUCAUCAUGGUCAUCAUCGUGGUCAUCAUGGUCAUCAUCAUGGUCAUCAUGGUCAUCAUCAUGGUCAUCAUCAUGGUCAUCAUGGUCAUCAUCAUGGUCAUCAUGGUCAUCAUGGUCAUCAUCAUGGUUAUCAUCAUGGUCACCAUCGUUGUCAUCAUGGUCAUCAUCAUGGUCAUCAUGGUCAUCAUCAUGGUCAUCAUCAUGGUCAUCAUGGUCAUCGUGGUCAUUGUGGUCGUUGUUGUUUCUCCUCAUCAGGCAGAAAAACUCUUCAAAGCUGCGAUGAGCUUCAUGUUGUCAGGAGGAACCCCACAGGUGAGAGUGUGUCUCUGUGUUCAUGUCUGUCCAUGUCUGUUCGUGUCUUCAGUCAGCUGUUUCUGACAUCUUGUGUGUUACCAGGACGACAACGCUGUCAUUGAAAUGUCCCUGAAACUCGCCACCAUCUACGCCGAACAGAACAAGUGAGAUGAUCCAGGUUCUACUGUCAACUGUUGGACCUGUGACCCCUGUCAGAGGAGUAAUCAUGAGUGUGUGUGCGUGUGUGUGUGUGUGAGGGCGGAGCUUGCAGAACACGGUUUCAGGUUUUGUACGGAGUCCCUUGAGGCCAAACUGGAGAAGCAGAAGGAGAUCCCUGAGGAGCAGCAGACAGGUGACCCUCUGACCUUCUUCUUCUUCGUUUCUGUUUGUUUCGGGUCUCGGUGAACUUUCAUGGAUUCAGACUCAAACUCAACGAUCCAGAGGGUCGAGUUCCUCCAGAUGUUCAAAGUCUGAGAUCUCCAGAGGCGGGGCCUCAGGGUUGUCUGGAACCAAUCAGAACAGUUGUUACUGAACAGUCCAGCAUCAGUGCGGACACCGUCGUCUGAGCGGCUGUUUUCUGAUGAUGAUGUUGUGGUUCUUCCUCAGAGGAGCAGGAGGCGCUCAGGAAGGACACCCGCCUCCUUCUGGGUCUGUGUUUGGACUCACGGGCUCGAUACCGAGCGUCCAUGCUGCACCUGAGCCAGGCCACACAGGACUACCAGAACGCCCUGAAGAUCUGCCGCCAGGAGCAGGGCGACACCCACCCACAGGUAGGACCAGGAACUGGGGCUCUGAGGGAGAUGCUGAUUCUGGAAGUCUAGAAGUAGAUUUCCUCCUCUGGAAGGACACAAUCUACUGCUUAUAUGUCUAUGUGUCUGUCUUUAGAGAGACGACUCGUUAUCGUGAGAUUGAACGUGAAUCUGCGGGUUCUUGUGAGUUCUCACGAUUAUCGCUGUUUGUAAUCCGCCAUGAAAUUCGCCUCGCAAACAGAUCCGGUAGGAAUUGGCGGUCGUUGAAAAUUGCUGCUGUUCCGGAUCGGAGCCGUUCAGGAUGUGGUAGAAAUCCCGGGUUGGAUGUAAUAAUUUCUCUGACCUCGACUUUCAUCCAGUUCUCGAACACACGUCAGCAACACGCCGAAAUAAAAACAGGAUUUCACGCCAUCGCCGGAUUCCCAAACAUGAUUGGAGCCGUAGAUUUGACCACAUCGUUAUAAAAGAACCUUCACACAAUCAAUUCAGUUUAAUCAACAGGAAAGGAUCAAUAAUCUGAGAUGAUCAAUAAUCUGAGAUGAUCAAUAAUCUGAGAUGAUCAUAUGGAUCUGUUAAACGUUGUUGGAGGAACGCACGACUGUGAGUGUGCACCUCCAUGGUUUCAUUGAUACCAUAUAUGGUCAAUAGGAGGCGUGUCUGAAUGUAAAUGACCGUAACCAUGACGAUGAUGCGUGUUCGUACGACCGCAGGUUCGAGAAAUUUAGAGUUUUUGUUCUUAUUCGUCAUUUUAUUCCUACGACAGAAUCUAGAACCUUUUCUACGAUAAACCAGGACCCUGGUCUUUGGAGUGAACCUGGAGUCUCAAAGACCCCCAGGUAGACCUGCUGGUCUCCUGUAAACCCUGUCCCUCUGGUGUCUCCUCCAGACUCUGGUCCUGAUGAGCGAUCUGGCCACCAUCAUGGAUCUGCAGGGUCAGCAUGAUGAGGCCUUGGUUCUGGUCCAGCAAGCUGUGGACCUGAGCCGUUCAGCCGGACACCCAGACCUCCAUGUGCUGCUGGGAAACAUGGCGGGCAUCCUGCUCCACACAGGUCAAAGGUCACACAGACAAGAGGAAAUGAGCAGUGAGUGGGUGUGGAGGUGACCCUGAUCCGGUUUCUGUUCUUCCCUGGUCCUGUAGGUCGGUUUGAGGACGCGAUGCAGUUCUACAGGGAGGCUCUGAGUCUGGCCCGGGAGGCUGGAGACCAGGAGUCUGUGGACAUGAUCCAGGAGGGACUGAAGGAGGUGAGGAAGAGGAGAGACCAGGAGAGGAACCAGGAGAAGGCUGCCAAAGAAGAGUAG